AUGUCUAGCCAAGGCGGCCAGGACCUCGUUGCAGCACAGCCUCUGGAAGAGAAUGAAGAGGAUGACGAUGACUCGGCGCUAGGUCAAGACUUUGCAAGCUCGACUGCUUCCCUCACCUCAAGCAUUCUCGAAUACCGAAAGUUUCAGGGUCGGACCUUCAAUAGUGACAAGUACGAGACUGAAUAUUUCGCACCAAAUGAUGAGAGGCAAAAGGAAUCGAUUGACAUCUCCGACUUUGCCGACCAAUAUCCUAACGCCGAGGUCGUUGGAACAGAUCUUUCCCCAAUCCAACCCGAUUGGGUACCACCAAAUGUCCGAUUUGAACUCGAGGACGCAACUAGUAACUGGACUUGGUCCAACGACACCUUUGACUUUGUUCAUAUGCGCUACUUGAUUGGCGCUAUUGCUGAUUGGGGUGCGUUAUUUAAAGAAGCGUUCCGCUGUUGCAAACCUGGAGGUUUCGUCGAAUCUGUUGAGGUCAAUCCAACCUUUUUCAGUGACGAUGGAACAGCCAGCGAUGUGAAGGCAGUGCAGACAUGGAAUAAGCUUUUCAGAGAGGCGAGUAAAGCGUUUGGUCGUAGCUUUUGCGAGAUUGAAGGGGACGCAGAGCUUCUGGCUGCAGCUGGAUUUGUAGACCUGCAAGUUACGGACUUUAAGGUCCCUGUCGGCGGAUGGGCCAAGGACUCCAAGUUAAGUCAAGUCGGCGAGUUUCUUCGCGCAACGAUGGAGAACGAUCUUGAAGGUAAGUAA